CUGCGCAGGACAGUGAACGCAACACGACGAUUGUGAAGUUAGCUGCAUGUAGCCUGCUGGAGACGACCCAACUCUACACAGCGACACUACAGCUAGUUAACAUCGGUGCCCCAUGCUUGCCCCGCUGUCCUACAAUGAGAUAUAUUCUGCAAGGGCAGAAUAGCAAUUAAGUGCCCGGCAUAUAAAUAUAAACACACCAGGCCAUCCAAAUGGUGAUCAUGUCAGGCACAGCCACUGUGCUGCAACAGUUUGUCAGUGGGCUGAAGAGUCGAAAUGAGGACACCAGGGCGAAAUCUGCCAAAGAUCUGCAGCACUAUGUGACGACAGAGCUCAGAGAGUUAAGCCAAGAUGAAGCCACCACAUUCUACGAUGAGUUGAACCACCACAUAUUUGAGCUGGUAUCCAGCUCAGAUGUGAAUGAGAAGAAAGGAGGGAUUCUUGCCAUUGUGAGUCUGAUUGGAGUCGAGGGAGGCAAUGCCACCAGGAUCAGCCGCUUUGCCAACUACCUGCGGAACCUGCUGCCCUCCAGCGACCCCGUGGUGAUGGAGAUGGCCUCUAAAGCCAUGGGCCACCUGUCCAUGGCAGGGGACACCUUCACCGCUGAGUACGUGGAGUUUGAGGUGAAGAGGGCCCUGGAGUGGCUGGGAGCGGACAGAAAUGAAGGCCGACGGCAUGCUGCAGUAUUGGUGUUGAGGGAGCUGGCAGUGAGUGCCCCCACCUUCUUCUUUCAGCAAGUGCAGCCCUUCUUUGACAACAUCUUUUACGCAGUAUGGGACCCCAAGCAGGCCAUCCGAGAGGGAGCUGUAUCUGCACUGCGAGCCUGUCUCAUCCUCACCACACAGAGGGAGACCAAGGAAAUGCAGAAACCACAGUGGUACAAGCAAACCUUUGAGGAGGCAGAGAAAGGCUUUGAUGAGACUCUGGCCAAGGAGAAAGGGAUGAAUCGUGACGACAGGGUCCACGGCGCUCUUCUGAUCCUCAAUGAGCUGGUUCGCAUCAGCAGCAUGGAGGGAGAGCGCAUGCGCGAGGAGAUGGAGGAGAUCACACAGCAGCAACUGGUCCAUGAUAAGUACUGCAAGGAGCUGAUGGGAUUUGGAACCAAGCCCCGCCACAUCACACCCUUCACCAGCUUCCAGUCGGUGCAGCCACAGCAGUCCAACGCCCUCCUGGGCCUGCUGGGCUACAGCACGCCGCAGGGUUUCCUCACCUUCGGAGCCGCACCGGCACCUGCCAAGAGCUCGCUGGUGGAGAGUCGAUACUGCCGUGAGCUGAUGGAGGAGCGAUUCGACCAGGUGUGUCGGUGGGUGCUGAAGUACAGGACGAGUAAAAACCCUCUAAUCCAGAUGACCAUCCUCAACCUGCUGCCACGACUGGCUGCCUUCCAGCCGCAUAUCUUUACAGACCAGUACCUGGCAGACACAAUGGGCUACCUGCUGGGCUGUCUGAAGAAGGAGAAGGAGAGGACGGCAGCGUUCCAGGCCCUGGGGCUGCUAGUGGUGGCUGUCAGGGCAGAAAUCCAACCCUACCUCUCCAAGGUCCUUGAGAUCAUCAAGGCUGCCUUGCCACCCAAGGACUUUGCACACAAGAGGCAAAAGACCAUGCAGGUGGAUGCCACAGUGUUUACUUGUAUCAGCAUGCUCUCCAGAGCCAUGGGUCCAAGCAUCCAACCAGACAUCAAGGAGCUGCUAGAGCCUAUGCUGGCUGUGGGGCUCAGUCCUGCACUGACGGCGGUGCUGUACGACCUGAGCCGUCAAAUCCCCCAAUUGAAGAAGGACAUCCAGGACGGUCUGCUGAAGAUGCUCUCCCUGGUGCUGAUGCACAAGCCGCUGCGUCACCCCGGCAUGCCCAAAGGCUUGGCUCACCAGCUGGCCUCGCCAAGCCUCACAAACAUCCCUGAGGCCAGUGACGUAGGCAGCAUCACACUGGCCCUGCGUACACUGGGGAGCUUCGAGUUUGAAGGUCACUCCCUCACCCAGUUUGUGCGCCACUGUGCUGAUCACUUCCUGAACAGUGAACACAAGGAAAUCCGGAUGGAAGCGGCGCGGACCUGCUCACGCCUCUUGACGCCCUCCAUCCACCUGAUCAGUGGCCACGUUGUCAGCCAGACCGCCGUGCAGGUCGUUGCAGAUGUGCUCAGCAAGCUGCUAGUUGUUGGAAUCACUGACCCAGAUCCAGACAUCAGAUACUGUGUGCUGGCAUCUCUAGACGAGCGAUUCGACGCCCACCUCGCCCAGGCUGAGAACUUGCAGGCGCUGUUUGUUGCACUGAAUGACGAGGUGUUUGAGAUCAGAGAGCUGGCCAUCUGCACAAUUGGACGUCUGAGCAGCAUGAACCCUGCCUUUGUCAUGCCCUUUCUACGCAAGAUGCUCAUCCAGAUCUUAACUGAGCUGGAGCACAGUGGUGUCGGCCGGAACAAAGAGCAGAGUGCCCGUAUGCUCGGUCACCUGGUGUCCAACGCCCCCCGCCUCAUACGGCCAUAUAUGGAGCCCAUCCUCAAGGCCCUGAUCCUCAAGCUGAAAGACCCAGACCCCAACCCUGGAGUAGUCAUUAGUGUCCUUGCAACCAUCGGCGAAUUGGCUCAGGCGGUUCGAUGGUCUGGGCAGAGGAGUCAAGAAAGCCCAGUUACAGAGUUCAUACAGAGCGCAGGAGAAGUUCAGGUAGACCAAGUGUUCAGGGUUUACUCAGUGCUGGAGGAGACAGAAGCCCAGCUGCUCAGGAACCAGCCCAGCAAGGCACAAGAAAAUGUGAGUGGUCUCGAGAUGAGGAAGUGGAUGGACGAACUUUUUCCAAUCAUCAUGGACAUGCUGCAGGACUCCUCCUCAUUGGCCAAACGACAGGUGGCGCUGUGGACUCUGGGCCAGCAGGUGGCCAGCACAGGUUAUGUGGUGGAGCCCUACCGCAAGUAUCCCUCGCUUCUGGAGGUGCUGCUCAACUUCCUCAAGACAGAGCAAAACCAGGGCAUCAGGAGAGAGGCCAUCCGUGUUCUGGGUCUCCUCGGUGCUCUGGACCCCUACAAGCACAAGGUGAACAUCGGCAUGAUUGACCAGUCACGAGACGCCUCCGCCGUCAGUCUCUCAGAGUCCAAGUCCAGUCAGGACUCAGCCGACUACAGCACGAGUGAGAUGCUGGUGAACAUGGGCAACCUGCCCCUGGAUGAGUUCUACCCUGCCGUGGCAAUCGUCACUUUGAUGCGCAUCCUGAGAGACCCUUCACUCUCCAACCACCACACAAUGGUGGUCCAGGCUGUCACCUUCAUCUUUAAGUCCCUGGGCCUCAAGUGUGUCCAGUUCCUGCCCCAGGUCAUGCCCACUUUCCUCAAUGUCAUCCGGGUCUGCGAUGCCAGUAUCCGAGAGUUCCUUUUCCAGCAAAUGGGAAUGGUAGUGUGCUUUGUGAAGAUCCACAUCCGCCCCUACAUGGACGACAUCUUCACCCUCAUCAGAGAGUACUGGACACCAAACAACCCCAUGCAGAACACCAUUAUCCUUCUGAUUGAGCAGAUUGUGGUGGCUCUGGGUGGAGAAUUCAAGCUCUACCUGCCUCAGCUCAUCCCACACAUGUUGCGUGUCUUCAUGCAUGACAACAGCACCGGCCGCAGUGUAACUAUGAAGCUGCUGAAUGCCAUCCAGCUGUUUGGUGCCAACCUAGAUGACUACCUGCACUUGCUUCUGCCUCCCAUUGUCAAGCUUUUUGAUGCCCCUGACGUACCCCUGCAGGCCCGCAAGGUUGCUUUGGAGACACUGGACCGGCUGACAGAGUCCCUUGACUUCACCGACUACGCUUCCCGCAUUAUCCACCCGAUUGUUCGGACCCUUGACAGCACGCCUGAGCUGCGCUCCACCUCUAUGGACACCCUGUCCUCGCUGGUGUUCCAGUUGGGCAAGAAGUACCAGAUCUUCAUCCCCAUGGUGAACAAAGUGAUGCUGAAGCACAGAAUCAACCACCAGCGUUAUGACGUACUUAUAUGUCGCAUUGUAAAGGGCUAUACUCUGGCAGAGGAGGAAGAGGACUCUCUAAUCUUCCAACAUCGCCAGCUUCGUAGUAACCAAGGUGAUGCCCUGGUCAGUGGGCCGGUGGAGGCGGGGCCUAUGAAGAAGCUUCAUGUCAGCACUACUGCACUUCAGAAGGCUUGGGGUGCUGCCAGGAAGGUGUCCAAAGAUGACUGGCUGGAGUGGCUGCGGCGCUUGAGUGUUGUCCUACUCAAGGAGUCGUCCUCCCCGGCCCUGCGGUCGUGCUGGUCACUGGCCCAGACCUACAUCCCUCUCGCCAGGGAUCUGUUCAACGCAGCCUUCCUGUCUUGUUGGUCUGAGCUGAGUGAGGACCAGCAGGAUGAACUCAUCCGCAGCAUUGAGUUAGCACUCACCUCCCAGGACAUUGCUGAGGUCACACAGACUCUGCUCAACCUGGCAGAGUUCAUGGAGCACAGUGACAAGGGCCCUCUUCCCCUCAGAGAUGAUAAUGGCAUUGUGCUGCUUGGAGAGAGAGCUGCCAAAUGUCGUGCCUACGCCAAAGCGCUGCAUUACAAAGAGCUGGAGUUUCAGAAAGGCCCUUCUCCUCUCAUCCUGGAGUCUCUUAUCAGCAUCAACAAUAAACUGCAGCAGCCAGAAGCAGCAUCUGGGGUACUAGAGUAUGCAAUGAAGCAUUUUGGAGAGCUGGAAAUCCAAGCCACCUGGUAUGAAAAGCUGCAUGAGUGGGAAGAUGCCCUAGUAGCAUACGACAAGAAGAUCGACAUGAACAAAGAGGAUCCAGAACUCAUCCUGGGCAGGAUGCGCUGCUUAGAGGCCCUGGGAGAAUGGGGCCAGUUGCACCAGCAGUGCUGUGAGGAGUGGACGCUGGUGAGCGAGGAAACCCAGGCCAAGAUGGCUCGUAUGGCUGCCGCUGCAGCCUGGGGUCUAGGGCACUGGGACAGCAUGGAGGAGUACACAUGUAUGAUUCCAAGAGACACACAUGAUGGUGCUUUUUAUAGAGCAGUCCUUGCCCUGCAUCAGGACCUCUUCUCAUUGGCCCAGCAGUGUAUUGACAAAGCAAGAGACCUCCUGGAUGCUGAGCUUACAGCGAUGGCCGGAGAGAGCUAUAGUCGAGCGUACGGGGCCAUGGUGUCUUGCCAGAUGCUGUCAGAGCUCGAGGAAGUGAUCCAGUACAAGCUGGUGCCAGAGAGGAGGGACAUCAUCAGGGAAACAUGGUGGGAGAGGCUUCAGGGUUGUCAGCGCAUCGUAGAGGACUGGCAGAGGAUCCUGAUGGUCAGAUCGCUCGUCAUCAGCCCCCAUGAGGACAUGAGGACUUGGCUGAAGUAUGCCAGCCUCUGUGGCAAGAGCGGACGCCUGGCACUGGCCCAUAAGACCCUGGUGCUCCUUCUCGGUGUCGAUCCCUCCAAGCAGCUUGAUCACCCGCUGCCAACAGCCCACCCACACGUCACUUACGCUUACAUGAAGUACAUGUGGAAGAGUGCCCGCAAGAUUGAUGCCUUCCAGCACAUGCAGCACUUUGUGCAAGGGAUGCAGCAGCAGGCCCAGCAUGCCAUCGCAGCAGAGGACCAACAGCACAAGCUGGAGCUCCACAAACUGAUGGCCAGCACAAUGGAGAAAACAUCAAAGCAACAUGCUGAAGUAAGGAAAAAAUGUUUCUUGAAGCUUGGGGAGUGGCAGCUCAGUCUGCAGGGCAUCAACGAGAGCACCAUCCCCAAGGUCCUGCAGUAUUACAGCCAUUCCACAGAACACGACCGCAACUGGUACAAGGCCUGGCACGCCUGGGCAGUGAUGAAUUUUGAGGCGGUGCUUCACUACAAACAUCAGAACCAAGGGCGCGACGAGAAGAAGAAGCUGCGUCACGCCAGCGGCGCCAGCGGUGCCAGUGCUAACAGCGAAGCCAGCAACAGCGACAGCGAGAUCGACAGCACUGACCACAGUCCUGUGCCAUCACCGGGCCAGAAAAAGGUCAAUGAGGACCUCUCGAAGACGUUGCUCCUGUACACAGUUCCUGCUGUUCAAGGCUUCUUCCGCUCCAUAUCACUGUCCAGAGGCAAUAACCUGCAGGACACACUCAGGGUUCUGACUCUGUGGUUCGACUACGGUCACUGGCCUGAAGUAAACGAAGCGCUGGUGGAGGGAAUCAAGACCAUUCAAAUAGAUACCUGGCUUCAGGUCAUCCCUCAGCUCAUAGCUCGAAUCGACACUCCUCGAGCUCUAGUGGGUCGCCUCAUCCACCAGCUGCUAACGGACAUCGGACGCUAUCAUCCGCAAGCUUUGAUCUACCCGCUGACUGUGGCCUCCAAGUCCACCACCACAGCCCGCCACAAUGCUGCGAACAAGAUCCUGAAGAACAUGUGUGAACACUGCAACACUCUGGUUCAGCAGGCCAUCAUGGUGAGUGAGGAGCUGAUCCGAGUGGCCAUCUUGUGGCACGAGAUGUGGCACGAGGGUCUUGAAGAGGCCUCGCGUCUUUACUUUGGCGAACGCAAUGUCAAGGGCAUGUUCGCUGUGCUCGAGCCUCUGCAUGCCAUGAUGGAGAGGGGACCGCAGACCCUCAAAGAGACCUCUUUUAACCAGGCUUAUGGCAGGGACUUGAUGGAGGCUCAGGACUGGUGCAGGAAGUACAUGCGCUCUGGAAACGUGAAGGACCUGACGCAGGCCUGGGACCUCUACUACCACGUAUUUAGACGCAUCUCUAAACAGCUUCCACAGCUGACCUCCCUGGAGCUACAAUAUGUGUCUCCAAAGCUGCUGAUGUGCCGGGACCUGGAGCUGGCUGUACCAGGCACCUAUGACCCCAACCAGCCUAUCAUCCGCAUCCAGUCCAUCGCCCCCUCCCUGCAGGUCAUUACCUCCAAGCAGCGCCCACGCAAACUCACCAUCAUGGGCAGCAACGGUCACGAGUUCAUGUUCCUGCUGAAGGGCCACGAGGACCUGAGGCAGGAUGAGAGAGUCAUGCAGCUGUUUGGUCUGGUCAACACACUGCUGGCCAACGACCCUGCGUCCUUGCGGAAGAACCUCAGCAUUCAGCGCUACGCAGUGAUCCCCCUGUCCACCAACUCAGGCCUGAUUGGCUGGGUGCCCCAUUGUGACACCCUGCAUGCCCUCAUCAGAGACUACAGGGAGAAGAAAAAGAUUCUGCUCAACAUAGAACAUCGCAUCAUGCUCAGGAUGGCUCCAGACUACGACCACCUGACGCUGAUGGAGAAGGUGGAGGUGUUCGAGCACGCCGUCAACAACACGGCUGGAGACGACCUGGCCAAGCUCUUGUGGCUCAAGAGUCCCAGCUCUGAGGUUUGGUUCGACCGGAGGACCAACUACACCCGCUCCCUGGCUGUGAUGUCCAUGGUGGGCUACAUCCUGGGACUGGGCGACAGACAUCCAUCCAACCUCAUGUUAGACCGGUUAAGUGGCAAGAUCCUCCAUAUUGACUUUGGAGACUGUUUUGAGGUCGCCAUGACCAGAGAGAAGUUCCCUGAAAAGAUCCCGUUCAGACUGACGAGGAUGCUGACCAACGCCAUGGAGGUGACCGGUUUGGACGGGAACUACAGGAUCACCUGCCACACGGUGAUGGAGGUGCUGAGGGAGCACCGGGACAGCGUCAUGGCCGUGCUGGAGGCCUUCGUCUACGACCCGCUGCUCAACUGGAGGCUGAUGGACACAAACACCAAAGGCAACAAGCGUUCCCGCACCAGGACCGACUCGUACACCGCUGGACAAUCCGUAGAGGCCCUUGAGGGAAUAGACCUUGGAGAGACUACACACAAGAAACCAGGGACCACAGUACCCGAAUCCAUCCACUCCUUCAUCGGAGACGGUUUGGUACAACCCGAGGCACUCAACAAGAAAGCCAUUCAGAUUAUCAACAGAGUGAGAGACAAACUCACAGGUCGAGACUUCUCUCAUGACGAGACGCUGGACGUGCCAACGCAAGUGGAGCUCCUCAUCAAGCAAGCCACGUCACACGAGAACCUGUGCCAGUGCUACAUCGGAUGGUGUCCAUUUUGGUGAAGAAUUGGAUGCGGCAGCCAAGGUUACACUAGACAUUUGUUCUCCAGUAAACCCAGAGGAAGCACUCGACUCAAAUAUGUAUCCACUGAAAAAUGUACUUAAGGCAACGUGCCGAGCCUUUGAGGAGAGAUUUUUUUUUUCAUCGUUGUUGGUCUGAUUUUCCAGUGGCAUGUGUUCAGUUCACGAGGUCGUAUUUUAAGAGCUUUGUUUUUACCUGAUCAUAGUAAUUUAAUGCCUCACUCACUUUUAACCACCAUAACCACUUGCUAAAGCUUUCUACAGCGGCCAUAUUGUAAUAAGUUAUGAUAUUUCUGACUUUGACAAGCGGUUUGCCUCUUAGAAAACCCAACGGUCCGUUCUGUCAUGCUCAUGUGUAUUAAUAUGACCAUUAUCACUCACACGCUCUGCCUUUAACCAACUUAAACAUUCUUAACAGUUCACUAAUAACGAGAUAUAAGUUAAAAUUGAUUUGAGAUGAUCGCAAUGUACUGUAUGGGCAUUUGUGCGCCAUUAAACCCUGUACAGAUACCA